CUAAAAGCCGUUUGGUGUUCAUCAUUUCAUCGUUGCCCCUUUUCUCCUUGUGAGCAUAUCUAACAUUGAAGGCAUAUCUAACAUUGAAGGCGGGGCGGCCCUGGUCUGAGAAGACAUGUCGCCGGUUAGUGGUGGUGACAGCGAGGAGGCCCUGUUACAAAAACCUGAAAGGAUUCAUCCGGAGCCCACGCCCGAGCUUGAGGACGCCUGCGAGAAACUUCUCAACUGUGAUCCUGUGAUCGGGAAACCUUAUGCAUAUGGUGGCUGGGUGUACCGGUUACCCAACCCGGAUGGGGGCACGUCCGUGACCCAUGACGCAGAAGAUGACCGGGCUAAUUCAUUGAAUAGUCAUGCUGAGGCCGGUUCCCCUCAUCCAGAGGAUGUUGGCCGGUCACUCUUGGAGCCGAGGGACCAGAUCUCCCAAUUGAACCUCCUGCUCGACUCUGCCAAGUCGGAGAUCAAUGACCGGGUUGAGAGGGAGAAGAGGCUGGAGGAAGAGCUGAUGGCCGAGAAGGCCAAACUAGAGAAGGAGAGAGCCAGGUCUGCUCAAUUGCAAGAGGAUGGGAGGAGAAAGGUGGCUGAGCUCGAGGAGGCGCUGGCCCAAGUUGAAGAAUUUACCCGGGCAAAGGAGGAGUCCUUUCCAAUUGAUGCUGCCAACUGGGCCGCAUUCCAUCACACGGAAGUUGCCCGGUCCAUUCUCACCAAACCGGAAGACACCAUGGACUUUUUCAAAGUCAUGUACAUGGAGCCGGAGGGGAAGAGAAUGAUCACAGAAAUUGGGUCUUAUGAUUACAGGUGUGGCCAGAGGGCUGAGAGAUCUAUUCUCUACACAAAGCACAAGAAGAGGGAUGCCAAUUUUGAUCCUGACGCCAUGAAGCUCCCGGCUCUUUACGAAGAAGAUCCAUCUCCCCCUUUCCCCUUAGAAUAUGCUAGGGCUUAAUUUUUAAACUUUGUAAUAUUAUCUUAUCUUGGCAUGCCUUAAAUAUUUACCGGCUUGUUUACAGGGGCGGACCCAGAACAUUUGAACCGUGGGGUCGAAAUUUAGAAAAUUUAUAUCCAACCGUCACGCUUCUAACAAUAAAUAAACAGUAUUCUA